AUGUAUGCUGUGGCUGCGCAUCAAUGGUUGAUGUUUGUACUUUUAUCGUUGAUUAGCGCCGCUUGCUUGCGAAAGAACAUUUCUUCGGAAGAAAUGGACUCUACGGAAAGUAAGGAGUUAGCUGCAGAUAAACUGAAACCGAGAAAGGAAAAUAAAAAUGAUACUAACUCCACUGAAAAUCAGAAGCCACAACUUAAUCCACGAAAACCUCCAGUUGAAGAGGCUAAAACUCAGUGCGAGGUUGAGGAGGAUCCUACACAGAAGUCUGAUGUCGAAAAGAAAGAAGAAUGGAUACCCUAUCCAGUAGUAAAGGAAUGUACUCGAAGUGCAAAAAAGCGCAGGGCUGAGGAAUUGAGAAAGGACAGAUUAAUGAAGAUAGCGCAAGGUUUCUACCAGACAAGAUCUGAUGUUGAUGAUACGCUUGACCAAGUGCAAAGCCUUGAAAUGGAACGAACUGAAAAGCGUAGAAUUAAAUGGUUGGCCUCACUAGCCAAAUGA